AUGAAUUCCGCUGAAAGCCAAGCACCCACAUCCUCUGGAGGUCAGUCACUGGGUGCGACAGAGUCCCUCAAUGGUCUGGUCACAUUGAAUCUCCCUCCCAUCUAUUUCACCGACCAACCAAAAGACCUGACGCAAAGGAGCUCUGCGUCGCCCGUUGGCGAACGCAACCCGGAGGACGAGGACGAAAAGCCAGUGGUUGGUUGCUGCGACCACGGUCAUCUCCCCAAUGGAUCUGUCGCAGCGCAUGAUCGAGGAGAAAACAUACCUGAGCGACUUCACCGUCUUGAAGCGAUGCUGAAUCACCUGGCAGACAGGAUAGCUCUGCAGCCGCACCCCGGACUCAGCAAUGGCCGCAUGGGGCUGCUGUGGCGAGGUGGUGGUUCCUCGCUCAGCGUGGAGAGUUUGCUGGCCAUGGCCGCAACACGAUCGCGCAAAACAUAUGCGCCGGUGUCUCCGAGGGCUUUGGUCAUGGCACCAGAUGUGUCAUGCCUGCUCGAUGUGGAACCCUCCACCAUGCACCAGCUGGCGGUGUCCUACAUGCAAAACUUCCAUCCUCGCAACAUGAUUUUGGACUGGCAGGGAUCUGACAUGGGGGACGCGCUUCAAGCGGCGGAGAAGAAGUUCGAGCGAACUGUCGACACCUGUAUUCUAUUGCUCGUGCUGGCCCUCGGCUCCAUCUCGGCGUUCGAAGACGGCUUUAACUAUUGGGAUAUCCCCGGGGCUGUACCAUCGGGCUUGAACCCGCUGGACGAGAUUGGUGAUGUGUUCUUCAACAUUGCGACAUCAAUGUUUGUCGAAGCCCGGGACAUCAGUUGGUCCAGCGUCCGCUGUUGGCUCCUGAUUGCCUUCUACCAUUCGAUGAAACUUCGCGUGUACGACCAAUGGCUGGCCGUUUCACAAGCCGCCAUGACUGCGAUGAUGCUGCUGCGGCUGGACGAGAGCUCGAAACGCACGCAAACCCAACUGUACUGGGUCAUCUAUCUGCAAGAAAGUCAGCUUCUCUCGGAAUUCGACUUCACACCUACAGGCAUCGCAGAAUUCGAAAGCAUCAUCCCAGCCCCGCCUGCAGGAGGUGGCAGGCCACUGGACGACACUCAGAAGCAAUACUGGGGUAUCUUCCUGGCUGAAAUUCCUCUGUGGCGCGUAGUCAACAGAGUUCGCUAUUAUGUGGGUGACACCGUCGGGUUCGACGACACCGUCUCCGGCAUGUCACCGGCUCCCUUUGCCGCGCCGGCACUGUCGAUGAUUCGUAGCCUCGACCAUGAGCUGUCAUCCUGGCGCCUCCAACUCCCACAGUCAUUCCGUGCCGAGUUCGAGUUCGACCCGGGGGCCCAAGCCAUGAGCUGGAGACGUCAUCGCAGCAUCCGUGAGCAGAUGAUCGGAACCUUGCAAAACGGGUACUUCAAGGCUAAGGCCAUCCUCUUCAGGCCCUUUCUUUUCCGGAUUCUGCACCAUGGCGCCCUCGAGGGUUUCCCACAGGAAGAAUCAACAGGGGCGGCGAUGGGUUUGGAAACCGCGCUGCAGGCUCUGUUGUGCAGUGGCGUGCUGUGUGACAACCUCCGACUGGUGCCACUGCUCAUCGUCCCAUCAAGAAGUUUCUUCGCGCUCGCGAUCCUUGCGAAGGUCUUACUGCAGAGUCCUCGCUGCAAGUCACUCUUACCUCCAGCGUGGGAAAAGACGCUGCCCCUCAUCCGAGCUCGCCUCAGAGACGAAAUCGUUGCACGUUCGACCGUUAUCGGCCAAGACCUGGAGACCUUGUCCCUCCUUGACGUGGAUGGCACUGCGUGA